AUUUCCGGUUGAAAAUCAACACAUGAGAACGCAAAAUGAAUGCCCCUCCAACAUUCGAAUCAUUUCUACUCUUUGAUGGGGAAAAGAAAAUCAAUAUUGAAAAAGACACGAAGGUCCCAAAUGCAGCUCUAUUUACAGUAAACAAAGAAGAUCACACACUGGGAAACAUGAUUACUGCUCAGCUACGUAAAGAUCCUCAGGUCCUGUUUGCUGGCUAUAAAAACCCUCACCCUUUGGAACACAAGUUUGUGGUGAGGAUCCAGACGACAGCGGAGUAUAGUCCACAGGAAGCCAUUACAAACGCCAUCACUGAUCUCAUCUCGGAAUUUUCACUUCUUGAAGAACGCUUCAGGGAGGCUGUUCGAGAACUGAAGGAAGGAGAAAUAUGAAGAUUCAAGACAAUUUGUUUAUAGAGAGAAUGGAAGUCCAAUAGAAAGACAGAAUGUAAAGUAGACAGUUGGGAUGGGUCAGAGUGAGAAAGAAUGAAAAAAAGAAAGAAACAGCUCACAUAUUCAUCUGUAAAUAUUUAUCAUUACAUUAUGAAUCAAA